GGCUUUGAACUGGCUGUGUUUAUUCCUCUCGUUUGGACUGUGGCUUUGAACUGGCUGUGUUUAUUCCUCUCGUUUGGACUGUGGCUUUGAACUGGCUGUGUUUAUUCCUCUCGUUUGGACUGUGGCUUUGAACUGGCUGUGUUUAUUCACAAACCUCAGUGUAAUUCCACAAUUGAACAUAUUAACCAGAACAUGCCUGGUGUUUACAGAGCUGGCCAGAACAGAGCACAGCAUUCCCCCACUUUUCCCUAAUGGCUAGAGCUGUAGGAAGUAAUGAUGAAUUCAGUACUGAGAACAAUCAAACAUAGGUAUGGGAUGGCUCUCUGGAGUAACUAGAGAAUAGGAGAGAACCAGAGAAUGGGAGAAGCUGUUUAUUUAAUUAUUCAUUUUUAACCCCCUUUUUCUCCCCAAUUUCGUGAUUACAAUCUUGUCCCAUCACUGCAACUCCCCAACGGGCUCUGGAGAGGACUGCGGAACAUGACCCGCCUAGCCGCGCUUCUUAACACCCGACCACUUUACCUGGAAGCCAGCUGCACCAAUGUGUCGGAGGAAACACCGUUCAACACUCUCCCUCGGACACCUCUCCUUCCUCUCUUCCCUGUUUCUGACGCUCUCCCUCGGGCGCCUCUCCUUCCUGUCUUCCCUGUUUCUGACGCUCCCCCUCGGGCACCUCUCCUUCCUGUCUUCCCUGUUUCUGACGCUCUCCCUCGGGCACCUCUCCUUCCUGUCUUCCCUGUUUCUGACGCUCUCCCUCGGGCACCUCUCCUUCCUGUCUUCCCUGUUUCUGACGCUCUCCCUCGGGCACCUCUCCUUCCUGUCUUCCCUGUUUCUGACGCUCUCCCUCGGGCACCUCUCCUUCCUGUCUUCCCUGUUUCUGACGCUCUCCCUCGGGCGCCUCUCCUUCCUGUCUUCCCUGUUUCUGACGCUCCCCCUCGGGCGCCUCUCCUUCCUGUCUUCCCUGUUUCUGACGCUCUCCCUCGGGCACCUCUCCUUCCUGUCUUCCCUGUUUCUGACGCUCCCCCUCGGGCACCUCUCCUUCCUGUCUUCCCUGUUUCUGACGCUCUCCCUCGGGCGCCUCUCCUUCCUGUCUUCCCUGUUUCUGACGCUCCCCCUCGGGCGCCUCUCCUUCCUGUCUUCCCUGUUUCUGACGCUCUCCCUCGGGCGCCUCUCCUUCCUGUCUUCCCUGUUUCUGACGCUCUCCCUCGGGCGCCUCUCCUUCCUGUCUUCCCUGUUUCUGACGCUCUCCCUCGGGCACCUCUCCUUCCUGUCUUCCCUGUUUCUGACGCUCCCCCUCGGGCACCUCUCCUUCCUGUCUUCCCUGUUUCUGACGCUCUCCCUCGGGCACCUCUCCUUCCUCUCUUCCCUGUUUCUGACGCUCUCCCUCGGGCACCUCUCCUUCCUGUCUUCCCUGUUUCUGACGCUCCCCCUCGGGCACCUCUCCUUCCUGUCUUCCCUGUUUCUGAUGCUCUCCCUUGGGCACCUCUCCUUCCUGUCUUCCCUGUUUCUGACGCUCUCCCUCGGGCACCUCUCCUUUCUGUCUUCCCUGUUUCUGACGCUCCCCCUCGGGCACCUCUUCUUUCUGUCUUCCCUGUUUCUGACGCUCUCCCUUGGGCACCUCUCCCACCACCACAGACAAAUCAUAUAUCCAGAUUACAGCCUUUUCAUUAAUUGUCUAUUGGAGUUCAACCACCGUUAGUUCUAACAUACAUCUCCUAGAUAAUGACUCUGUUGUCUACCAGACUGUUAGUUCUAACAUACAUCUCCUAGAUAAUGACUCUGUUGUCUACCAGACCGUUAGUUCUAACAUACAUCUCCUAGAUAAUGACUCUGUUGUCUACCAGACCAUUAGUUCUAACAUACAUCUCCUAGAUAAUGACUCUGUUGUCUACCAGACCAUUAGUUCUAACAUACAUCUCCUAGAUAAUGACUCUGUUGUCUAUCAGACCGUUAGUUCUAACUUACAUCUCCUAGAUAAUGACUGUUGUCUACCAGACCGUUAGUUCUAACAUACAUCUCCUAGAUAAUGACUCUGUUGUCUACCAGACCGUUAGUUCUAACAUACAUCUCCUAGAUAAUGACUCUGUUGUCUACCAGACCGUUAGUUCUAACCUACAUCUCCUAGAUAAUGACUCUGUUGUCUACCAGACUGUUAGUUCUAACUUACAUCUCCUAGAUAAUGACUCUGUUGUCUACCAGACCGUUAGUUCUAACUUACAUCUCCUAGAUAAUGACUCUGUUGUCUACCAGACUGUUAGUUCUAACUUACAUCUCCUAGAUAAUGACUCUGUUGUCUACCAGACCGUUAGUUCUAACAUACAUCUCCUAGAUAAUGACUGUUGUCUACCAGACCGUUAGUUCUAACUUACAUCUCCUAGAUAAUGACUCUGUUGUCUACCAGACUGUUAGUUCUAACAUACAUCUCCUAGAUAAUGACUGUUGUCUACCAGACCGUUAGUUCUAACUUACAUCUCCUAGAUAAUGACUCUGUUGUCUACCAGACCGUUAGUUCUAACUUACAUCUCCUAGAUAAUGACUCUGUUGUCUACCAGACCGUUAGUUCUAACUUACAUCUCCUAGAUAAUGACUGUUGUCUACCAGACCGUUAGUUCUAACAUACAUCUCCUAGAUAAUGACUCUGUUGUCUACCAGACCGUUAGUUCUAACAUACAUCUCCUAGAUAAUGACUCUGUUGUCUACCAGACCGUUAGUUCUAACCUACAUCUCCUAGAUAAUGACUCUGUUGUCUACCAGACUGUUAGUUCUAACUUACAUCUCCUAGAUAAUGACUCUGUUGUCUACCAGACCGUUAGUUCUAACUUACAUCUCCUAGAUAAUGACUCUGUUGUCUACCAGACUGUU